AUGCCAAUCGAUGAUGAAUCUUGGCAUAAUCUUGAGAUGGUGUGGUCCCGCAUCGAACUCGGCGACCGGAAGCUUUACGUUGGCGUACUAUAUUUGCCUCCUGAUCGCUCGAGAGACGUGACCUUAGCUGAAUCAUUCUCUAGUUGCAUUUCUAAAAUAAGCUCUUUCUGCGCUCCAGAAGAUGACAUAAUCUUCUUAGGCGAUUUUAACAUGCCAGGUAUAAAGUGGUGUUCCAGCCAAGCUAGCUUCCUGUAUCCCGAUCCUGAACGCUCCACUUUUUCGGCUUCCUCGAACAUUAUUCUAGACUCUUUGAGUACAGCAACCUUACGUCAGAUCAACAGUGUUGUAAACGAGAACGGCCGGAUGCUUGAUCUUUGCUUUGCCAAUGACGGAUUCCGUUUACCAACUAUCGAAUCAGCACCGGCACCGCUAGUUAAAGUAGGCCCACAUCACCCGGCUUUACUGGUUACAAUUAAUAUCUCUAGAUUGUGUAACCCCGCUGAUAAACUCACACCCUUCUACUUGGACUAUAAAAACGCCGAUUUCGAUAUCAUUUCUCGCGUACUGGCCACUAUAGACUGGGAAUCCGAACUCGAACUAGCUAACCCUAAUGCUGCAGCCGAAACUUUCUCGCACAUCCUCAACUACGUUAUCGACCGUCAUGUUCCGAAACGCACCGCCAAUGCUAAUCCUCGGACUCCAUGGGCUACAGCAGCUUUACGACAACUGAAAGCGACAAAAAGGCGUGCCCUUCGAAAUUUCAACAAGCACAAAUCGCCGCAUACCAAGGAAGAAUAUCGCAAACUCAACUCCGCCUAUAAAAAAGCCUGCCAACGUAGCUAUCAAAACCAUCUUCGUCGAAUUCAGCAAAAUCUCAAGACUAGCCCAAAAUCCUUCUGGAAUCACGUUAAAAAUCAGCGGAAUGAACCUGGAACACCGUCCUGCAUGUUCUUAGAUGGCAUCAUGGCGAACUCUGACUCCGGAAUCUGCGAUCUCUUUGCCAAUAAAUUCUCGAGCAUCUUUGAUACAUCUUCAAUAACCGACGACCAACUGAAUCGCGCCAUCAGGAGUGUUUCACCACUGGGCUUUUCUUUAAACGGUAUAACAGUCGAGGACACAAUCAUCUCUAAAGCAGCCACUAAGCUCAAAAACUCCUUCUCUACGGGCCCGGAUGGGAUACCAGCUACCUUCCUGAAGCGUUUUAUGCCUUCUUUGCUGACCAGGCUUAUCUUCCAAGCUUCGCUCGACCAGGCCACCUUCCCCUCACUGUGGAAAGAAGCUUACAUUAAGAAGCAGACGACGGUGGCGAUGUCUUCAAGCGAAGCAGAAUAUGUAGCCCUAAGCGCAGCAGCAGCAGAAUCCAUCUGGUUGUCCGGGCUCCUCGAAGACAUGAAGGUAAAGGAUUUCAAGAUGCCGGUCACCAUUUACGAGGACAACCGAGGUUAUAUCGGUAUGGCCAAAAAUCUCGAAACGAAGCGAACCAAGAACAUAGACGUGAAGCACCAUUUUAUACGAGACCAUGUUGCAGAAGGACGAUUGCAGAUCGAAGCCAUUGGAACACAAGACCAGUUGGCCGACUUGUUCACCAAAGCUUUGGAAGCAACCCGUUUUCAAGAGCUGCGAUCCAUGCUAGGACUAACGGAUUGA